AUGUUAAAUACUAUAAAAAAAAAUAGAAUAAAAGAUUAUAAUAACAAAGUUUAUUUAUAUUUGUUAUUUUAUUUAACUCAAACCUCUAUUGUUAAUCCAAUUAGAGAGGUAUAUAUUGAUGGUGAUAUUUUACUUGGAGGCUUAUUCCCUAUUCAUGAAGCCGGAAGGAAUGGCCAAGCAUGUGGUAGAAUUAAAGCUGAUCAAGGAGUUCAAAGAAUGGUAGCUAUGUUAUAUGCUUUAGAUGAAAUAAAUAAUGAUAAUACUAUUUUACCAGGAAUAAAAUUAGGGGCCCAAAUUUUUGAUACAUGUUCACAUGAUACAUAUGCAUUAGAACAAUCUAUUGUAUUUAUAAAAACACUCCUAUCAAGUCAAUCAUCAUUAUAUUGUCCAGAAGUUGUUGAUAAUAUUGGUAAACGUCCAACAGUUUCAGCUGUUAUUGGUGCAGCAUCAUCAACAGUUAGUUUAAUGGUUGCAUCAAUGCUUCAAUUAUUUAAAAUACCAAUGCUUUCAUAUUCUUCGACGGGUGUUGAAUUAAGUGAAAAACCAAGAUUUGAAUAUUUUUCACGUAUGGUACCUCCUGAUAACUUACAAGCUAAAGCAAUGGCAUUUUUAGUAGCAAAACUAGGAUGGAAUUAUGUACAUGCUGUGGCAGACACAGGAAGUUAUGGAGAACGAGGAAUUGACAUGUUUAGAGGUGCAGCUCAUGAAUUAGGUGUAUGUAUUGAUGGUGAAAUACAUAAAGUUAGUAGAAAAAUGUCAGAUGAUGCAUUUAGAGAGAUGAUUGUUCGAAUGAGAUAUAAUGGUAAAGCAAGGGGUGUUGUUAUGUUUGUUGAUGAAGAUAAUUUAAGAAGAUUUUUAUCUAUAUUAAAAAGAUUAAUAGAAACUCCAUCAUACUCAGCUGAUUUUGAUAAUUAUUUUUGGUUUAUAGCUAGUGAUUCAUGGGGAACAAAAACAUCAGUUAUUAAAGAUUUUGAAAAUAUUGUUAAAGGAUCAAUAACAAUAGCUCCUACCGUUAAAACUAUUAAAGGAUUUGAUGAAUAUUUUAAAAAUUUAAAUUAUUUAUCAAAUACUUUUUUAACAGAAUAUUGGCAAUUUUUAAAUUGUACACAUUUAUCAGAUAAAACAUUUUCAGAUUGUUUUAAAAAUAAUGGUGUAUUAUUUAAACAAGAAGUUUAUGCUGCAUUUGUUGUUGAUGCUGUUAAAACAAUAGCAAUAGCAAUGCAUAAUUAUAUAAUUGAUGAAUGUCAUAAUUUUAAUUGGUAUAAUUGUAGUUUAUCAAAAAAAGGUUUUGUUGGAUCUAAAAUUCAAGAAAGAUAUAGAAAUAAAUCACUUAUACCUAAUGAACCACCAUUAAUUGAUAGUAAUGGUGAUGGUAUUGGUAAAUAUAGUAUAUAUCAAUUAAAUAAAUAUGGUAUAUAUAAAAAAGUUGGUAAUUGGAAUGAUGGUGAUAAUAUGAAAUUAAAAGUUGAUGAAGUACGUAGAGGUUUAAUAUCAAAUAAAUUUGAAAUACCGCUAAGUGUUUGUAGUGAACCAUGUGGUAAAGGAUCAUAUAAAGCUUAUCAAGAUCAAACAUGUUGUUGGACAUGUAUUAAAUGUGAUACAACAACAUCAAUAAUAUUAAAUGAAACAUUAUGUCAAGAAUGUCCAUUAGGUGAAAUACCUAAUGAUAAACAAAAUGAAUGUUAUCCAAUUCCUCCUAUAUAUAUGAAAUGGCAAACAUUAUGGGUUUUAAUACCAUCAUGUGUAUCAAUAAUUGGUAUAUUAUCCACAUUAUUUGUUAUUACAGUAUUUUUACGUUAUAAUAAUACACCAAUUGUUAUGGCAUCUGGAAGAGAAUUAUGUUACUGUAUGUUAUUUGGAAUAACAUUGUGUUACUGCGUAACAUUUAUUUUAGUAUCAAAACCAUCAGUAUUUAUAUGUGGUGCAAGUAGACUUUUAAUGGGUUUAUCAAUGUCUUUUGUUUAUGCAGCAAUAUUAGUUAAAACAAAUCGUCUUGCUCGAGUAUUUACUCUUAGUGGUCCUGUUAGACCAAAAUGCAUAUCACCAUUAGCUCAAGUUUUAAUUUGUAUGAGUAUUGUUGGUGCACAACUUAUUGGUUCAAUUAUUUUUCUUGUUUGGGAUCCAACAGAAGUUAUAAUAUUAUAUCCAACAAGAACAGAAGCUGUAUUAUCAUGUAAAGCUACAUCAUCACAUUUAUUACUUUCAUUAGCAUAUAAUAUAUUAUUAAUUAUAUUAUGUACCAUUUAUGCAUUUAAAACUCGCAAAAUACCUGAAAAUUUUAAUGAAACAAGAUUAAUUGGAUUUACAAUGUAUUCAACAAGUAUAUUAUGGUUAUCAUUUGGUCCAAUAUAUUUUGCAACACAAAAUAAUUUUCGUAUACAAAUAACUUCACUUUGUAUGUGCAUAUCAUUAAGUGGUUCAGUUGCUUUAGCAUGUUUCUUUUUUCCUAAAGUUUAUAUUGUAUUAUGGCAACCAUACAAAAAUGUUAGAACAAGACAAUCAGCUGUGGGAAAACUGGUAAAUUCACAAAUGAGAUUUAUAAGUCAUUUAGCAACAAACAAUACCGAACAAAAUGGGAAUAUUUUAUCAAAAAAACAAUCCAAUUAUAAUGAAAAAAGUACAAGUAGUAAUAAUACUACAUUUUUCGAAACAAAAAUGACAAUGAUACAAAAUUCAAACCAACAAUUUGUCCAAUCACCAAUAAUAGGCAAAUCAUUAAUAAUGGAAACUUCCCAAUCAAUGUUGUCAAACGAACAGUCAGUACAGAAAAAACAGAUUAUCACACAGGUUCUACCGUCUGUGGAAUUGACAUCGGAUAUUGCAACUAAUAGUAGUGGUGUAUCUGAAGUUAAUGAAAAAAGUGAAACAUCAGGAGAUUUAAUUUCAUUUGGAAAUAAUUAUUCACAAUUGCCAAAUAAAAAUAUAUUUGAAUUUUCAGAUUUUGAUGAUAUAUUAUCUGAAGAUUCAAUUUCAGAUAACAUGUCAAAUUUAAAUUCAAUACGAAUACGACGACGUAGUAGUCCAAAUCGAUUGGUAAAUGAUCAAAUACUUAAUGAAAGGCAAAAACAAAUGCAAUUAAUUUUAGGAAAAAUAAAAGCAGAUACUCGCGUUACUUCAUUAUAA